UGUCGUCGUCAUCGUCGGGUUGGAGUGAGCAGCAGCAUUGUGUAUUCGCGAGCGAUUUGCAGCGCAGCAAAUGAUCACAUAAUCACGUUGAGGUCGUACGUAGUCAUUCACGCACUUUGUUUGUGGUUGGUCGCGCAUACAAUUCGUUCGCAGUGUUUUGAGUCAACGGGUGAUUUUACUGUAUGUGGUGGCUACCUCGAAAAAUUGAUAUCGCGCUUAGAAGAGUGUAAACGCCGCCGUUGAGGUAUCGCCGUCGUAUUAACGUUAUCAUCAAAUGCGCGAUUAUCGUCGGCGGAUUUUUAUUAAAAUACCUAUUAAAAAAUAUUGUUUCUGAUUUAUUUGAAAAACACACAUAAAAAAAAAAACAAAGCGAAUUGUCACUUUUCGAAAUAGAAUUACGCACAACUGAAAAUCGAUGCGAAUUUUUGGAAUAUCUAAGAAAUAGCAAUUCCGUGCAAAAUGCGCUGAUUUAUAGAAAACAAAUAUUUUGAGUGAAUUUGGUGACUUGAAAACAUUUCGAAGGACGGAUUAAGUCAAGCAAAGCUACAUGCAUAAAAACACGAAUUCUUCAAAAAACUGUGAAAAUACGUAAACUAAGUAGAAAUAAAGAAAAUACUAAGUAAAAACAGUGUGGAACAAGAAAAGUUUUUAACAAGUGAAAAUUAAAACGGAAACGAAAUUGCCAGCCUUAAAAAUCAUGAAGUGAGUAAAAAAACUGCUGAAAAAAUAAUUUUAAAACAUUUUUCAUUGUAAAAGCUAACCGAUUUGAAAAUACUAUUCAAAAAUUCAGAUAAACUAAAAAGCAAAUAUUUCGAAUAUUUUCCAUUCACCAAGUGCUUAACUCUGCGGCAGAAUACACCAUUUCUUAUCUGAAAAAAAAAACCUUAUCAAUCGGGAACAAUUAAAACAGUUGCUAAAGUCACGUGCCCAACCAAAUCAACAGCCCCCAACUAGUUUUCCGCCCACGCCAACAGUUACAAUAGACAAAAACAAAGUGCACACGCACACAUACGCAAAUGCACACCAAUUCAUGAACGGCUAGAAACAUUCGUCGAAGAGCGUCCGCGAUCGCCGCCGCGUAGCAAAUCGUUAAUUGCAGUGUAGAAAGUAAAAUGACACAAAUUAUACACUAAUUGCAAGUGUAGUUGGAAAGCAAGUCUACUGUAUGCGUGCGUUGUUGUUGCAAUUGGAAAUUCGUUGCUGAAAGAAUUGCUUCACUUUUGUCUUAAAGUGCGUGUCAUUGUUUACAAUAAUAAAAAUAGCGAACAACUUGACAAGCAGUAGCAACAAAGUAGUGACUGCGAACCAAUUUCAAAAUUACGGGAGCUGCAGACAUACCUGUGCGCAAAUAUAGUCCCUUUACAUACAACCAAAUUAUAUAUUGCCACCUUGGUGUGUAUUUUUUAUACUUGAAAUCAUUUUUGCAAAAUUAAUGUCAGAUCAUUCCUACCAAAUAAACAAGUAAAAAAGCUAAAAUUAAUAAAUUAGUAAGAACCCCUUCUCCUAAACCACUAAGAAUAUUUAAUUUUGUGCACGCGUUCCACAAAAAGCCGCCAAAAUUCUUGAUAAAGUGGCCUCGAUAGGCGCCAACACGCUCAACUUCACCGAUUUAGGGAGCCCCUAUGAGGGGCCUCCCAGUACACCGCAAUCCGGCAUGGACGCGCCUGAUGCACCGCACACACCCAAGUACAUGGACGGUGGUACAACAACAACCGGCACACCAGGCGUGCAGAUGCCGGGCAAGUCGGCGUUCGUAGAGCUGCAGCAACAUGCCGCCGCUGGUUACGGUGGCAUACGUGGUGGUUAUCAACAUUUUGGUCCACAAGGUGGACAGGACUCUGGAUUUCCAAGUCCACGCAGCGCCUUAGGUUAUCCUUUCCCGCCCAUGCAUCAGAACUCAUAUUCCGGCUAUCAUUUAGGCAGUUAUGCGCCGCCCUGCUCGAGUCCACCAAAGGAUGAUUUCUCCAUAUCCGACAAAUGCGAAGAUUCCGGUUUACGCGUCAAUGGUAAAGGCAAGAAAAUGCGCAAGCCGCGCACAAUAUACAGUUCAUUGCAAUUACAACAAUUAAACCGACGAUUCCAGCGUACCCAGUAUUUAGCGCUGCCAGAGCGAGCCGAAUUAGCGGCGAGUCUGGGUCUCACGCAAACACAGGUAUGUGGAAAUUGUUGAUUAUUACGUUUUUUCAUGCAAUUAUAAUAAAACUGAAUGGGUUAUGAAACCCACAAAGUGGCUGAUUGCUGAUAUGCCAUAUGUAAUCGGAAAUCGAUGGGUAACAUUUCAGAUGGGUGAUUCGAGUGGCUCCAAUCAAAAUAUGAAUUGUUUAUUUACAAUCUACAUAAACACUUUCAACUCUUCUACUCAUAAUGAAUGCAAUUAGAUAGCUCAAAAUUUGAAGAAAUGGCAUGGGAAAGGAAAAUUCUUGAGCACAUUUUGUCAGUGGGACGUGAAUUAAUUGUUAAUUCGUGAGCGCCGGCUUCAAGUAGUGUCUUUAAAUUCUGCAUAUCGGAUAGAUCGACCUCUCAGCCUCCGGUUAAAUCUGGAUAUAACUCCUUAAAUAAGUAAUGGAGUAGAAAAGCAAUGUCAAAAGUACUUGCAUUCGUUUGUGCAUUAGGGUGGGCCAAUUUGUAUAGAACAAUUUUUGUCGACAUCGCUUCUAGUAGAUUUGGAUUCUACAUUGGUUAGGUUAGGCUUUUGUGGCAGCUAUUGUGGUCCGCUGUGGUAAAACUGUGUAACUCGGGAACUUUACUAUUCAUUUUAUCAUAGGAUCAGUUAGAUUCUCUCAUACAGCGUAGAAUAGGUUUUAUCCGUACUCCGAAUAGUUCCGUAAGAGAGUCAAAAAGAAAUUUGCCUAACAACCUUGCUCUACUCCUGCCCAAGCCUGGACAAUUACAGAGGAAGUGUACUACUGUUUCUUCCUCUUCCUCGUCUCUACAACUACUGCAGUAUUCAUGCGAAAAUACUCCUAGACUAGAAGCGUGCCCACCUAACAUCCAAUGACCAGUGACACAAGCCACGACCUUCGAGAUGUUCUCUCUUGAGAGUUUGAGCAAUUCUCCUGAGCGUUGUUUUAUCUACUUGCGGUCAAAUUAGCCUGAUUGUAACACAAGUAUUUUCUUCUCUCCAUGACCAAUUGGCCUCCUGGUGAAUAUCAUUUGUUAUGCUUAAUUUGCAAGUUGCCAUAGAGAUUCCAAUGUUGCCUCUGUUUUCAAGUAGUGGAAGAUUAGUACCCGUUUUGGCUAGCUCAUCGGCCUUGCAAUUUCCUUUAAUAUCUCAAUGUCCCGGAACCCAUAUAAGGCUGACCUGCAGGACGGUGCUAAUAUCAUUUAGAACUGCCAGGCAUUCCUGAGCAACGUUUGAUCUAAGCAUAACUGCUUCCAUUGAUUCUACAUAGAAUUCUAAGAAAAAAAGCCCAUUAGAGGAUAACUUUAAAGUCUAUUUCGAGCUCCCCAAAUUUUUUAAAGAAAAAUUUUUAAAAGGAAAAAUGUAAAUUGAGACGGAGGUAUGGCAAUAAAGAUAUAAAAUAAAGAUAUAAAAUAGAAAAAAUAUAUCUCGUGUUGAAAGUAAAAGAGAUCUAAAAUCAAAAUAAAAGUAAAUACGUUGAUAAUUGCAAAAAAAAAAAUGGAUGAUGGGUAAAAAAUGUUAUAAACAAAAUUUUGAUAUACAAAAUUUUUAAUAUAAAAAAUUUUUGUAAAAUUUAAUUGUUUUUAAUCCAGCUACUUUUUCUAUUGAAAUACUAAAAUCAUUAUGGGCUUCUUUAAAACAAAUAGAUAUCAAAUGAAAAUUUUAUUAAAAACACGAGCUUUCAUAAUACUUUCGUCAACAUUAAUCUUCAUUUUAAGGGGGCAGAUACCUGUAAAGGCCCAUAUUUUAGGUGAUUUUCAUUAAAAUUAUUUAAAAUGAAGAAGUCGAUAUAUUUUUUUUCAAAAUUGGCACACAGUUUAUUUAUACAUUAAAAUAAUAUUAAUUUUUUUUUUUAUUUUAAUCAUUUAAAAUGGCGGAUGUACACUCAAUUCUUCCGGGAAGGUCGCAGCGGGCCUUCUCAGUCGGCGGUCAUUAUAGCAUCGGCGUCAGUGACCUGAAUACAAAAAACCAUAAAUCUUUUUUGUUGAUUAAUGUCAUAAUUUCUAUAUGAAUUAAAAAAAAUGAAAAAAAAAUUCGCGGAAUAAAAUGCUUAAAAAAAAAAUAAAAAUGCAUUUUGGGGCGAAUCUUCCUACUAUUAUUGCGUCGAAAAAAUUAUUUUUCGAAAAAUUUUCGAAAACUUUUAAAUUCACAUAGAAAGUAAUAUCAUAAAAAAAGAUGUGUGCAAAAUUUCUGGGAGAUCGGUCAAUAACUUUUCGAGUUAUCGUGUACGCCAUUUCGAAAAAUAUAGUUUUGAGAAAAACGCGUCUAAAGUUUGAAUACUUAACUAUGCGCCUACCAGCGCUCGAACGCAAAGAAUAGAGUCGUCACACUUGACUAUCUAUAAUAUAAGAAAUACUUUAAUUUACGCUCUAAAAUUUUGUUGACAUAUUCUUAAAAUAUUAUAUAAACAAAAAACAACAUUUUUUUCGAAAUUUUACAGGUAUCUGUCUCCUUAACAUCAACUAUUUCAAGCUCUCUGCUUCUUUUGAAAUUUGGGGCGCUCUAAAUUAACUUUAGAGUUAUGCUCUAAGGGUCUUUUUUUCUUAGACUUCUUUAUAGAACCCGGACCUGCGAGAAACGAUGUCGAAAAAAAUUGUAUGCAGAAUCCGAAUCUUAUAGGAAGAGCGUAGAAACAAAAAAUUGCCACGCCCUAACGUACAUCUGCACAUAUAAAAUGUGUUCUUUAGCACACAGAACAAGAAAACUGAAAAACUCGUGAAACCUCAAAAAUAUGCAAAAUGUUUGCAAGCAAUCGGCGGGUAGCAACCAAUUCAAUUUAUGCACUAUCGAUUUUUCGGUCUUUGGGCUGCCACAAAACAAAGUCUGCCGCAAUUAAGCAUUUAAUAGGACAGCAAAACUAGAGAAAAUGUUUACAUGCAGAUGUGUGUGUGUAUUAAAGUACUAUUAAAGUCUCUGCAGUAAGCAUUAACAAAACAAUUAAAUCAAUGUAAACAAAAGCGCAGAAGCAGUAGACACGCCCUCUUGAAGGCCAAUGUCCCGCGCCGACACAAAUCUUAAGCUUAACUUUAUUUGCCUGAGCAACUCUAGGCAAAUAUUGACGGUAGGUACGAGUGGCAUAGAAAAAACUUAACUAAGUAUACAAAAAACGAAUAGUAAAUUAUAACUGCAACAUUUUCAUAGCUGCCCUUUCCUAUGCGUGCUUGUGUGUGUGUGUGUGUGUGUGGUAUGGUGGUACAUACAUAUAAAUUUGUCCGCCCUUCGCAUGCGAAAGUAAAAAACAAUCAAUAAACGACUUCCGCUUUCGCUUAACCAAGAGGGCGGUUUUAAUUACUGCCACAUGAGGCUAUAAACUAACUGCAACAACAGCAAUAAGCACCAUCACAAAACAGUAGCCACUAAGAAGAGCGCAGUGCAAUGAGGAAGCAAUUCAACAACGCUCAGCUCAACUAAACAGAAAGUGUCGAAUCGAUCGUAGCAAUUCGCUUUCGCGCGGUCAAAUGAUAAUGUAAAUGCGUGUAUGUGUGUGUGUGCGUGUGUUUGUAUGUGAGUAAGACGCUUAUCGCCUGCAGUAGCUUUCUUUAUUGCUUUAUUCACAACAAAGUAAAAGCUAUAAAUAAAGUGAAUAGCACCAACUGGCUGACUGGCUGACUGCUGGCUGGCGUUUGGAAAGUGACCGCGCUACCAAACAAACCACGCAACAACAAUGCACGUGCAAUGGGCGCGAUAAUUUACUCAAAGUGAAGCCACCAAAUAAGCCAUGCUGAUGAGUGCACAAGAAGGAGCUGCUCCUGCUGUUGCUGCUGCUGCUGGCGCUGGUGCUGGAGUUGCAGUUAAAUUGCAGUUACACCCUUUGUGCACUCAUAAAUUAAUUUUUGUUUCUAUUUGUAUUGUUUAAUUUUGUUGUUUUUGUUUAGUCUUUGUACCCUUUUGGUACUUUUAGUUGCAUUUCAAACCUUCAACGCCUGGCGGCUAUGAAAUGAGACAUUGCCAAAAAACGGUAGAGAGGCGAAAAUUUCAAUGAGUCAGAGCAAUGGGAGUUUCACACAAAAAAAUAAGAAAUUAUUGAUUUAAGCGAUUUUUCAGUUGUCGCUUCGAGGUGCUAUACUUCUUGCGACUGUCCGCGGAUAAUUAGCUCGUCGUUGUGAUGGACAAGAAUUAAAGGCAGGGAGAAGCCUUGCUGGCAAUAAAGUGUGUUUUUUGAAUUCAUUCUUGCGCCACACACUACCUUACUUAUACAUAUACAUACACAUAUACAGACACAUACAUUGAGAGCUGCAUACAAAUGUAUUUAAUUAUACAAUGUUGACAUUUGACGAAGUUGUAAUUCUUAAUUAUGCCUUGACUAUUUUUUGCACUUUUCUUCCAGUUAUAUUUAUUUCGCCGGUUUAAUGCUGUCACUAUUGGCAGCUGUGUGGUAGUCGCUAUUUGUUUUUAUUUUAGUUUUCUUGCUGGGUGCGAGUAGGUCAGUUUUUUGUUUUUAUUUCCAUCAGAGGGAGUUCCUUUUUGCUCUUGUACUUCAGGGCGUUUUCAGCUAAGUUUCUGCCCGAGGUUAUUAGGUUAACAUGCAAAUUAAGUAGACUGCAAGGAAAUGCAAAUGUUUUUGACAGACAAUAUUGCACUUUGAGAAAUGAAGCAGGUAAGGAACUUAGUAAUUAAAUGGAAUGUACUAAUGUAUAUGCAUGUUUUUAUGUAUAAAAAGUGUUACUUUUGUUUUUCUCAAAAUAGACUUUGAUUGGUGUACCUUUGUAAAAAUUUAUAGAAAUCUGCCGAGAAGUAGUAUAAAAUUUGGUGGGUCCAGUAGAAAAUUUUAAGAAAAUGAAUGGAACUGAGCCAGUUUAUAAGAAAAUAUAUGUUCAAAUAUCCCAAGGAUGGUAGAUUUACCAGGUUUGGCCAUAAGCUACAACAAAAUUGUGCAAGCAACUUCGGCUGCCACGUCACAGAACCCUCGGCAACCGAUUUCUGCCAGCUCGUUUCUCAAGACAACAAAGGAUGUGCGUGCGUUUUAUAUUGUUUUGGGGAAAAAGAAAUACAUUAUUUUCUCGGUAGUUAGCUGCAGUGAUCGAAAAAAAGUAGUGAUCGAUAGAAGAUGUUCCUCAUAAAAAUUAAGUACCAUUCGGAGUCGGCUUAAAACUGUAGGCCGCUCCAAUUGUGGAAAAUAUCGAGGCGCUGCUUCCGCUCAUCUGCAAUCUUUGCCGGUUUUCCAUACCUUCAAUCCAUGUUGAAAAUCUGUAAUCAUUGGCCUUUAGCUUUUGCGUUGGUCUGCAUCGUUGGGUUCGAUUAGCAAUCCGAGGCUGAUUUUGCAGUUUCACGACAAUUAGUUUCGGGUAGGAGCUUGUCGGCCGGGAGACCCUAGUUCGUCUCCGGACGGUGUUGACCUUACUUUAAUUUGUUCCCUUACUCUCCACUAGGAUUUUUUAUGCGAUAUUGACUUACCCAGCCGCGAGCAAAGGUUAACAACACCACCAACGUGAAGGAAAAGCUAGGAGAUUGAUAGUGAAAGAUGAGAAGCAGCAUUUCAUAGGAGCAGCUAUCAAGUUGCGCAUCACUACCCUUUCAUAUAUAUAUUAUUAUUUAUAGUAUGUAUAUAAAGGGUGGUUAAGUUUCAAGGGCCGGUGUUGAUUUUGAAUAACAUACAAGUUUUUUAGGAAAUUAUUGUCAUUUCUCUUUAUUAUGGUAAUACUGGUAUGGCUCAAUUCCGUACGCAACAAAAUAUUAGCCAAAUGGCCACCGCGGCCUCAGCGGCACACCUCCAUCCGAUGGUCCAAAUUUUCGAUGACGCUGAGGCUUAAUUGAGGUUCUAUGCUGUUAAUGUGCCGAAUUAUCUCAUCCUUUAGCUCUUGAAUUGUUGCUGGCCUAUCGGCGUACACCUUUUCUUUCAAAUAACCCCAAAGAAAGAAGUCCAACGGUGUCGUUGACGUUUAGGUUUGGUUCACAUUCAACAUUGGCCCUUGAAAUUUAACCACUCUUUAUUUAUUAUUUAUUUUAGUAUUUUGACCAUUCAUUGCCACUACUUUUAAAUUUUUAUGAAAUCUCAUCUCUUCCAUUUUUUCCACAUUUAAAUUUUUAUUAUUCAUACCUAGAUUUAAGUGCUUUUUCUACUUCUUUUCCGACCUCCAUUUCAGUUUUAAAUGUAUCGCAUUGAAGCCUUCCUACUUGAACCCAUUUAAAUUAUUUACUUUAAAAACUUUCAUAUUUUAUUUAAUUUAAUUUCUUUUUUCAAAAAAUUUCCUACGGUGCAUUCUACUCAACAUUUUGUAACACUCUUGUCUGGCAAUUGUUCGCGCCCUACUCAAAUGAAAAACUUCAUUACAACGAGGGGGAGUCAUUCCGCAACACCACCCUGACAUAUCACUGCCUGCCUUCUACUUGCCAGUCUGUCUGCCUGCCUGCCUGCUGGCCUAGACUGACUUUACAAAGCGAUCUUAUAACAGUCGCGCAGUCAAUAUUUCACAACAACAAUAAUAAGUUAAAAAACCAACAAACAAACGAAAAAAAGUUGUAUUGUUCUCCUUAGCAGUGCGGUAUUGCGAAUGUGAAGAACAUGCAACACCCACAUGCUGCCACACAACCAAAAGUACCUACGAACGAGUUUGGUGUCUCUUGCCACCUUCGCUCCUCGAGAGAACUCUACUUGCAGUACGUGACUUUGCUUAUCGUUGAGGCAAACCUCACUUACUCGCACUGGAUGUGUUUGGCUAGCUCGUUGACUCGCUGAGUCGCUGGAUUUGAGAGCUUUGUUGUUUUAUUGCUAGUCACUGACGUCUGAGGCUAUCAAACAACUAAGUAACUUGUGGCAUACUAAUUCAAUUAGGAAGCCCACGCCCACAACCAAUAAAUAUUUUCGAAAACAAAACGAAAUAGCUAUGAGAUACACUCACAUGAAUUUGAAUUGGUUGGUGUGUGUGUGUGUGUGAGUGUGUACGUAUGUGUUGACUUGAAAUGAAAAUGCACACGCAGAUCGGCUGUAAUGCACUUCAAUGCACUUUCAACACACUUAACUCAUACUUAUGGUGCACACACACUCACACACAUACGAGUUGUCACAAAGGUAUGGAUGCAUGCAAGUGUAUGGGCAUGGACAAGUAAAUGCAUAAAUACGUGCGCAUACAUGAGGAAUAUUUCAAGUGCAGUUGACAUUGAGGCAAGCUUGGCAAGAUUGACAGUUGAGUUUCACUGGCUGUUAUAUUUCUCAGUUUCUUUUUUAUGUUAGACUUAAUUUUAUUUGAAGAUUUUUGCUUUAAUGUUUUUUUAAGAUUUUUGCGCAUCCGAGCAAUAAUGACUGUUUCGAACAGCUUUACCGAACAUUUCCUAUGAUUCUGUUUUAAUUUUUCACACUUCAUAUCAAUUUAGUAGCUGCUAUAUGUAAAUAGUUGGUACUGCACUCGGAUUCCCUUCUUAACUUUCUUUAAAUCUGCUCGACAUCCGAAGAAAUCAGAGUAGAUCUUGUGGUGCCAAGGAGCCAAGGUGGUCGCUUCUUAAUACAUCAGUGCCAAAGAUCUCAAGCCUGAUUCGAACGAAGGCGGGCUAGAUGCACAGGAAGUGCCGUCCGCCGUCUCAUCCUCCUCUUCACAAGCUGGGCAGGGUGCACUGUCUGAGAUGCCCACCUUUUCCAUGUGCUUUGCCCAUAGAAAGUGACCCGCCAAAAGUCCAACCAGCCUCCUACAGUCCCUACUGCUUAGUGGCAGGAGGAACUGCGACAGUCGGCCGAAUAUGACAGGUAACAUCAGUUUUGUCCAUCUGCAGCCUCUCUCAACCUGCCAAGCUCGCUUGUGGGUUAGAGUAACCCGUUUGCUAACCGUGGCUGCAGAAGGGAGUGACAGAACGGGUUCCGGGCCAAGAAAGUUGGCCUCAGAGCCCAUUCUGGCUAAAGAGUCACAGAUCUCGUUACCCGCGAUACCCAUGUGUCCCGGGACCCAUGUUAGCAUCAGGCUAUUAUGUCUACCGACAUAGUUCCGCCUGGAUUUAAAGGACUCGACUACCCUUGGAGUGCUUGGGGGGUGUCUAAGGCCAUGAGCGCAGCUUGGCCGACGCUGCAGACACAUAUAGGUCUGGCUUAUGGCUUAUCAAUUCUGCAGUUUAUUGCUGGCUAAGUCUUUUCAUGAGGAAUUUUUUAUUGCCUUCACAGAGAAUGGGUGUGCAAACACAUAACUUCUGCAGAAGUUUUCUAGACGAGGAAGAGGAGGAGACGAUCCCGCACCUUCUGUGUCACUGUCCUGCUCUAUCCAGACGUAGACUCGCCAUUUUGGGUAGACAAUCCUUUAGUGAAUUGGAAGAUCGCGGCUCUGUCGGAAUUAAGGAUCUUACAAAAUUUUGGAAAAGUACACAUUGGUUUUAGGAGGAAUAAGGGCAAAAUCUCCACGCGGCAUCACAAUGGGCCAUAGGCAUCUGGUCACCAAACUGGCGGCUCCGACUCUUAAGACGACUUGCCACUGUGGCGGCAUCAAGUUAGUUUUGAGGUUAGCAACUUCCAACUGACCCAUAAAUUUAUUUUUCUUAACUUUUCUGCUGAUGCUUCGAGGUAAGUAAGAGCUUUUUGAGAGUCUGCAUGCUGGCAAAUUGAUUUCUGCUGCUCGUCAAUGAACUGAACUCGAGCUUAGCUCAAACUGAGGUUAUUAAAAUGUUCAAUGAAGAAACAAAUGGGUAUUUAUUUAUAUAUUUUCAAGUGGUAACUUCCAUUGAUGCUUCACUCUGGAUCUUCCAGAGAUUUUUCGAAUUAUCGUCCACUUAGUAUGAAUGAAAAUUACUUUGUGAGCAGAUAAAUAAAAAAACAUGCACUAUAAGAAUUUGUUACUGAAAAAUAUAGCAUUUGCCUCAGGAAACACACAAGUUUAGUUCCAUAUGUUUCGCAUGGCUACAAAACUACUUUUGAUCGGAGUAGCCGUAAUUGUGAUACUAGAAGAUAUACAGCGAGCGACCUUUGUGAUAUUAUUCAAUGCUGCCAGAGUCAAGAUUUUCAUAAAUUUAUAUUGAAAAUUGUUUAGGGGAAAAAUAAAAAAAUUCCAAUUUCUAGGUACUCUGCCCAGCUUGCGAAGAGGAGAAUGAGACGGCGGACCGCUUCCUGUGCGUCUGCCCCGCCUUCGCUUGAAUCAGGUUUGAGGCCUUUGGCACUGAUGUGUUAGGAAGCGACCACCUUGGCUCCUUGGCACCACAAGAUCUACUCAGAUUUCUUCGGAGAUCGGGUAGAUUUAAAGAAAAUGAAAAGGGAAUCCAAGUGUAGUACAAUGUACUUAAUUGUGUCUGAGUGUUGCGCUUGCUAGUCCCGAAAAAAUAAAAAUUAAAAAAAGGUACUCCGGUUGCAUAUCUUUCGCACAAUACUGUAUAUAUUUCCACUUUUCAGCGUGUAAAGAAAAUAAAAUACAAGAAUACAAGCAAAAAAAAAGAAUUUUUCGACUUCAAUGAAAUACUAAUACUGAAAAUAUCUUUCAUUACUUGUAUACUAGAAACAUUAUACAAGUUUUUCCACUAAAAUUAUAUUUUACACGUAAUAUGAAACCAUUUGCAUAAAUGAAAAACUGCUAUUGACCUUAUCAGCGAAUUAAAAUCUUUAAUCUUUAAAACAAAACGCAAAUCUCUGACGUGUCAUUUGUUGUUGACUUGUGAAUGUCACACCGCAGCGCAACAAAUCAAAUUAAAACGGAUUUAGUGGCAGUCGAACACCUCCAGCGUGACAGCCACACAGCACCAGCCAAGCAACCAGCUCACACUUUUCCAAGCUCGCCUCUUCCUCCCGCACCCAGUACAGUUCGUAUGUCUGUUGCAAAGCGUUGCAUGUCACAUUAACGACUAAAAUGCGCAUUUAGCUCCAACACCACAACAGCAACAACCAAAACAACUGCAGCUGCGGCAUGUUGCAAGCUCAAACAACGAAACGAAAAAACCAAAAAACAAAAAAAAAAAAAACGAAAA